AUGUCUUUAUAAGAAAUAGAUGUCUAACCAGACUAAUAUUACAUAGAUUAACUUAAGAUCAAAGUUAAAAUUUAAGAAAUCUAAGAGACAGCUCUCUUAAUACAUCUUUGCACUAUAUCAUUACCAAUUUUACUCAGUAAAAUUAUUGUAAUGAUUUACUAUUAAAUAGAAUCUAGAUUUCAUUAAGGCUUAAUUUCGACUAAGUUUAGUGAGCAUUUACAUUUUGACAUUGAUUUCGGUCUAAUUUUGCACAUAAUCUUUAUCAAAUGUAUUUUAAGAUUAAUAUUAAACAAUUUCUAGAAACCUCUUAAAUAUGUCAUAUUUUAUGUCCAUUUAAUUACUAAAUUAUAUAUUCUACUUUGCUUAUGUAAAAUUAAAAUUUUUGAGGUAUUAAAAACAAACAUUUUUAGUCAUUUUUUAUAGUUAUGAGUGUAGCAUAUUUAAGUAUUUAUUGUUUCAUCAAGACUAGAGACAUUAUUAAAGGACAUAAUGAUUUGUAAGUAAAAUAUUAUCUUACUCAUAUUGUAACAAUUAGUUUUUUGACAACAUUCUUAUUAGUUUAGGAAUUGUAUUUCAAAUUUUAUGUCAUUCCUAUGUAUUGGUUAUUUAUGAUACUCUACAUGAUAUUUUUGUUGUUAAAUUUAUAAUUAGUAGAAUAUAGAUAAUAUCUUUGGGAAAAUAAUGAUAUCUAUAUUACAACUGUCUUAAUUGAUAGUGAUUUGAUUGCACCUGCUAAUUUGCUCAAAUUAUAAAGUUAAAUUACAAAACCUUAAAAUCAUGAGGAAAUUAAAAAACAAGAAGUAAUAGAAGAUUCUGAAAUUGAUGAACUAGAUUCAGAAAUGUAAGACUGA